AUGAGUUAUUCACUAAAGGACAUUGGUACAGCUCGUUACUUCCUCGGUCUCGAAAUUGCCCGCAGCUCCAGUGGUCUUUUUAUGGCUCAAAACAAGUACGUGAUGGAUAUCAUAUGGGAUACUAGCUUAUGUCAUGCUAAAUCUGCAGCCACACCACUUCCUCGUGGGUUGAAACUUAUGGUUUCAUCUGGUGAUGCCUUGGUUUCUUGGAAGACCAAGAAACAGUCUACGGUCUAUCGUUCCACGGCUGAGGCGGAGUAUUGCAGCUUGGCUGCGACUGUUUGCGAGCUGCGAUGGUUGUCCUACAUUCUGCAUGAUCUCUCUGUGUCGGUCAUUCUUCUUAUUGACCUCUUCUGCGACAACAAGGCUGCGGUCCACAUUCUUGCGAAUCCUGUCUUCCACGAGAGCACGAAGCACAUCGAGUUGGACUGUCAUUUGGUCCCUGAUGCCUACAAGGAAGGCUUCAUUUCACCUUCCUUUGUUCCUAGCUCCCUUCAGCUCUCUGAUGUUUUCACCAAGUCCCACUUGUGGGGUGCUGAUGACGUAUUACAACAACCAGCAACUCAAUUGCAGCAGUCACAGCAGUCGCACUCUGCAAAUAUUGAAGGCAGCAUUGAAGACGAUGAAGAUGUUGAACUAAUUGAUGCUGGAUGA